AUAAUGGAUAAAAUUUACUAAAGCCUACGAGGAUAUUGGAAAGGUAUAGAAGCAAUACAAAUAUUAGCCACUGCAGCUAAGCUAAGGUAUCUAAGGAUGUGCCAAGGAUUGGCUAAAGAAACAAGCGAUGUGGCAAAUAUACUUACCAGCACCGCGUUAUAUCCCGAGGAAGAAGUUUGAUAUUUUUACAAUGAAUGAAGUUCAUCAGGCUGACCUCUUGUUUCUUCCCCAUGAUAAGUACAACAGCAAGGAAUAGUUGACAUAGAAGAUGGCAGAGUACCAAACAGCAUACCAGGCUCUAACCUCCUAUGAUGAUGAGGAUACUGAUGAUAAUGACCUUCCAAUAAACGACCAUGAUGUAAUGAUACAUGUGGCUCCAGAGAGUAGCAAAGCUCGAUGGAAUCACAUUGAAAACUUGGAUGACUUCUUCAAUCGUGUUUACCAUUAUCAUCAGCGCCAUGGAUUCCUGUGUAUGGUACUGGAAGAAAUUCUACAACUUGUACAAUUUGUGUUUGUGGUUGUGUUCUCAACAUUCCUGAUUGAGUGCAUAAACUAUGAUGUUUUGUUUGCAAACAUUGCAUACAACCAUACGCACAAGGUGACAAUACCUGAAACAAUCUACCCGGUCAAACAGUGCUUCCACAGAUUUGACUUUUUCAUCGUAGUGUGUCUGAUCAUUGCCUCUAUUUUCUGGGUGUUCAGACUGAUAAAGGUUGUGUACAACAUCUUUAAAUACCUGGAGAUCCGAUGUUUUUAUCUAUCAGCACUGAAAAUAUCAACAACUGACCUUCCGAAUAUGACAUGGCAUGAAGUACAGAGAUGCUUGCUGGAGGUUCAGAAGGAACAGCAUCUGUGUAUUCACAAACAGGAGCUUAAUGAACUUGAUAUUAAUCAUCGUAUUCUGAGAUUUAAGAACUACAUGAUUGCAAUGGUGAACAAGUCAGUUCUUCCCCUGAAGUUCCACGUCCCUCUGCUGGGAGAAAGCACGUUUUUGAGCACUGGCCUGAAAUAUAACCUGGAAUUUAUCCUGUUCUGGGGUCCAUGGUCACCAUUUGCCAACAACUGGCACCUACGAGAUGACUUCAAGCAAAGUCACAAGAGACAAAUACUAGCAGACAGCUUGGCAUCAAAGAUUCUAUGGCUUGGUGUGUGUAACUUUCUGUUGUGUCCAGUCAUUUUCCUGUGGCAGAUCCUUUACCUCUUCUUCAGAUAUGCUGAGCUGAUAAAGAAGCAACCAAGUGCUUUAGGUGCCAGACGAUGGUCGAACUAUGCACGACUCUACCUACGACACUUCAAUGAGGUGGACCAUGCCUUUAUUGCCAGGUUAAAUCGAGGUUAUGGUCCUGCAUCAUACUACAUGACAAUUUUCACAACUCCUAUUUUGGUUAUCUUAGCAAAGAAUGUUGCAUUCUUUGCUGGGUCAGUCUUGGCAGUUUUGGCGUUGCUGACUGUUAUUGAUGAAGAUGUCCUAAGUGUGGAGCAUAUCCUUACCACCAUGACAGUAGCAGGUCUGAUUGUGACAGUAUGUAGCGCUCUUAUUCCAGAUGAGCAUGCUGUGUACUCACCUGAAAGGUUGAUGAAAAACAUUCUGGCUCACAUUCACUACAUGCCUAGUCAUUGGAAUGGCAAUGCCCACACAUACAAGGUGCGCGAUGAGUUUGCUCUGCUCUUCCAGUAUAAAGCCGUAUACCUUGUGGAAGAACUCCUGAGCCCCAUCAUUACACCAUUCAUACUUUGCUUCUGUCUGAGGAAAAAGGCACUGGAAAUUGUUGAUUUUUUCCGGAACUUCACAGUAGAGGUAGUUGGGGUUGGUGAUGUCUGCUCCUUUGCUCAGAUGGACAUUAGGAAACAUGGAAACCCACAGUGGGUUGCUGAGACUGAGACACUUGCCAACAAGUACCAUCAGGCAGAGGAUGGCAAGACAGAACUUAGCCUGAUGCAUUUUCAUCUUACGAAUCCUGAAUGGAAACUUCCAGACAACUGCAGUGUGUUUGUAAACACAAUAAAAGAUCAAGCCCAAAAGGAUAUGGCUUCACUCAGUGUAAUGCAACAGGAGAAUGCAGCAUUUUCCUCAUUGUACAGCCCAAUGCCAAGCCUAGGCAUUGGUGUCGGAUAUGGGUUCAGCAGUAUGGUGACAAGUAACGCUACCCAGAGCACAAUGACCACUCAUGGACAUUCUCACCCAGUACAGCUUCCUGCUCGUCUUCGCGGAGCUCUCACCAGCAUUGAUGGACCUCUGUAUACCUCAAGUAUGGGCAGCUUACAGAACUCGACAGAUCUUCUCAGUAGUGGACUAAGUGCAAUUGCAUCGUCGCGUUUUAUUGAUGAGGGUACACGGGAGUUGAUGUCUGCUGAUAUGAGUUUCAGUGCUUUGUAUAUGCAUGAAAUGAGAAAUAGACGUACAAGGCCCAGUGAAAAUUUGGAAGACAUUCGUACACGUGUUCAGUGGCAGAGACAGGACAGCAAUACACCCCAUAAUUCCCCUCAUACCCCUUCUAUGCCUGAAAUAGUGGAAAAACCAGUGGAGGAAGAAAAGGAAAUUGACACGAGUGCUCCAGAUGAGCAGCACAGGAUUACCAAGUCAUGCUGAAACCAUCAUCAACAUUUGGAAAGGGGCAGGUCAUGUUGAAGAUGAGAAGCCAAUUUCUUGGCUCUUUAUAUUAUUUACUUGCCGAUGUCAACUGAAUUAAUAUUAUCCACACAGAAGAGCAACACAUGCUAUGUUCAGCCAAGCUGAGGCAUCACUAUUUCGCAGUAGCAUUCAUAACACAAAGUAAAAAUAAAUUAUUAGGUCUUUUUACUUUCCCCCAUUCUGGCAAGAAUUGUUACUGUCAGAUAUUGUGUGAUAUGUUAUGUUCUUACUGCUGUUAAAGCACUGACAUGCAUGUAUUUUCCACAUUCUUUUGUAUAUGUUUUGACCAAUAAUACUGGAUGAAAGGCUUCUCAAUGAUUGAUAUAUUGAUUUACACUUUUGUAGAUCCUAAUGGAUGCUAGUUACUGAAAGAAUGCAUUAUUAAGAUAAACAAGCAAUCUCUUUGGCACUGUAUAAGCAAAUACCCCAUGGAUGCAGUACAACUGCAUUUCACCUUGCCUGCACAGUUCAUGUUAGUAUGUGUCUUGGUGAAUUGUGAAAGCUCACAAGCAAAAUAUCUUAACUCACUGCAGAGGGACCUGCUGGGUCCAACCAACUUUGAUGUUGUCGUAUAUCUUCACUGGAGCGAUGAAAUUGAUGAUAAUGCGUGUUUGUCUUUGGUUACUUUUGCGAUGCAACAGUAUCUAGGCAACUUGUUUGUGCCCAAAUGCUCCAAACACCUUUUCAUGCCUAAGUAAGGCUUGCAGAAUGUUGAUGAUAUUCAUGAACCUCAUCAAUUGUAUUGUCUAUUGGGUCUGAUGGAGUUGUUAAAGAUCAAACACACAUUUUAAAGUAGUUUGUCUUUCUAUCAUAUUGUUCACUGGUAUGUUUCUUUAUGAAAUUUUUAAUCUAUCGUGUACAGUUAUGGUUUUAAAUAUAAUCACAUAAGCUGUCUGACUGCACUUCGAAGCAUAUUGUGUGACAGUAAGGACAGUCAUUCUUGAAGUUUCUGAAUAUAUUGUAACAAUUAAAUUAAAUAUCACUAAAUGCUCUUAGCGUUGUACUCAUAUCUUCAUGGAUGGCUUUUGGUGUUGAGACUUUUUCUCUGCAAGUACUUUGUCAGAGCAUGUUCACCCAGUUUGUCCAUUUUUCAAUGGUCACAGACCAUUGCUUACUUUACUGCCUUGUCACAGCCUGGCAUUUUCCUCAAAUGAAUCAAGUUUUGAUGGAUAUACCUCUAUGACAUAAUAUAAUGUCCACAACAAAAGAUUUCACAAUUUUGUGAUUCCUAUUGGUGAUUAGAACUUAUGAAUUAAUCCUCGUAUAAAGGUUGCUAAUGUUUUAGGUAGGAUCUAAAUUUCCCAUGUAUAAAUAGGUUGGGCAUUUCAAACAUACUCUGAUCAUGAAUGUCGGAAUUUAGGGGUUUUUUUAUUUAUAAGAUGGGAUCCUGGAUGGGACUCAACCCCAAAAAGUAUGAGAAUCUUUACUUUACUAAAAAGUGUUAUCCCAAAUAUAACAUUUGUUACACUUUUUUUAUUACUUGCUCGUGAAGAGAUCACCCGUUUAAUAAACAUACAGCUGUAUUACACAUUGUGUAAUACUAAAAUGUGUGCUUAUGUACUGUGGGAACAAGUUCCAUGACCUAAUAUUAAAAGCUCUAAACAUAACUUGGCUCAUUCAACGACAUUGCGUGUGGAAAUGAUAGAUCACUGAGAGGAGCUUAAGCACACUCGAUGACCCCAGCAACCUUGUUGCUAGGCUGACGUCACAUGGCAUUGUUUUGAUGAUGGAUCUUGCUGCAAAAUUCCACAAAUUACGUCACAGUGUAUUGUGCUGUGAUUGUAAACUUUGUGGUGCAGGUCUCCGUUCCACAUCAAGGUGGGCCUUGUGUUGCAUUAUUGUGCUGAAGAACACCGGUUAUGUGCUGUUGUAUGCAUUUUUUUUGUGUUCGUGAUUUGAUGAGCAGUCUGAAGUUAUUAUUGGUGGCAUAUGUAUUUAUAAGAAAUGAUUUCAAUAUGAUUUUGCGAUAUAUGGAGUUAUAAAUGUUAAAACUGGUAUGCACUUAGGUCUUUAUGUUUAUAAUUCCAUAAACGUAAAACCUAUAUUGAAUUCGAUUCUUAAUGAUUUCUAUUAAUAAUGUGAAUAUAGAUUACGAUUUAUUUGAAUAUAUAUACUUGGAAAAUAACAAUUUAAAGAUUUUUAUCAAAAUUGAAAAAAGAAAUGCUGUGUCUAACCCUUCUAUAAUCUCCAGUCCCUGUAGGCUGUCCCCUAGGGCCAGGAUUGUGAAAUAAAUUUUUUUUUAUUUCAACAUUAAUCCAAUGUCAGGAAAUUGUGCUUCAUAAUAUGCUCAUACUUGUCGCAGUUGUCUGUGUAUUCAGAUGGAUGAGUGAGUUGGAUUUAAUGGCACUUGAAACAGUUUGUCAUUUAUUUGAUGUCAUCUCACUAUCAGACUCGUUGCAAUGAGAAAAGCUCUUUUAGUUCGAAAAAACAUGCUAGGUGGUCAAAGUGUAGCAUUGUACCCAAAUCUUGAACAAGCUGUUUUGGUGUAGCAUCAUACCCGACCCAUACCCUGGCUAUCUCAGUGUAGCACUGUACCCGACCCAUAGCUGUUUUUCCUUACUAAAACAGUGGUGUAGAACAGUACCCGAACCAGGACUAGGCUGACGUAAUCUAAUGCAGUGUCAUUCCAGAACCAUGGCCUGACCCUUAAACAUUGUACAUGUACCUGAACCACAAAAUGGCUGUUUCAGGCCUUCACAUCUUGAACAAGGAUUCUUCAUGUAGCAUUGUCCAGGACAAUGCCUGGCUGUCUGGUUGUGGCUUUCUACCCGAAGCAUGAGUACCCCAACUGUGACCUGUGACCUAAUAGGUACUCUUUCUUGAAAGAACCAGGUUGUCAACUGGUGCCUUUGCUAUCCUUAGAUUUUUCGAAAUUAGAUUUUUCUCUGUUUCCAUGGAAACAAGUUAGACUUAGCUGAAGGUAGGUGUUGUUUCCAGAGCAGAACUAAAAAACUAUUCAACGUUUUUCACCCAAACUUGGUACAUGUAUUAAUCAAAUGCUAAAGUGGUGCCUUUUGCUAUUUAGGAAUUAAAAAAAAAAAUCCUGUUUCUAUGGCAAGAAGUUUGACUUUAAAUCCUAUUUGUGUGUUUGUCCGGACCAUGACUCUAAAACUAAUAGGUACUCUUUCUUGAUUCUGUGCACAGAUAAAGACCAGGUAAAUAAUCAUGCCUACCAGAUGUAUCUGAGGCAGAUGUAUUUCGUAAAAUUAUCAUCUGUCUGUAUUUGCUUCUGAUUUAAAUGGCAUCUCCAAAAACUGAAGUGUGUUUAUGAUGACAACAAUAAGGUAAUACUAUACUGUACUAAUUCUUUCAAGGUUUAUGCUUAGUGUUAAGGAAAGUGUCCAAACUUACGUCAUCCAAAAUGUCAUAUCUACAUCUGGUUGCCACAGGCUCAAUAGCAUGCACAGCUGCCUUAUGCUCACUUUAACUUCUUUCUACAUCAUGUGUUCCUUCAUAGGAUACACCUGGAGAUUAAAGGUUAAACGCCCCAGAAAUGUUUUAAUGACAAAUGGAACAAGUGCUGGAAUGAAUUUACUGAGGAAAUGGUCAUGCAUGUGUUCUGUGAAAACAACCCUCUGACUUAGAUUUUAACCAUGAUAUUGUAGCCCAACUGCAGGGUCUAAGUAUGUAGCUGCCAAGCUCAUACCACAAUUUCAGGUGGCCAUUUCUGGAUAAAAAUGUCAUUGGAGAUAUUUAAUUAGAGACAGAUAAAAGAAGUUAGAUAAGUUUCAUGUUUCCACUGCUUUAACUGUUGUUUAGUCUCUGGUUGAUGGUGAACCCAAGACUCUUCCAUGAUUACAUAUUGCUCAACAAAAUCAGCUUCAAAACUUCGUAACUUGUCUUGAAAGGUGAUGAACCUGGAGCGUUUCUGAUAAGGUCAGAAGCCUUGGAACCUUGGCUGAAAUCUGUGUUAUGCCCUGUCCAUUCCUCAGAAUCUUUUCAACUCUCUCAGUAGAAAUUUAUACUGUUACACAGGCCUCAAAGUUGCGACUAAAACGGUCACCAAUUCGACCUAAAUUUCAAUUUGUCUAUUGUCUUAAAUUCAGAGGUAGCGUUUAAAAAUAUCUUGUGGCGACUUAAUUCUAUUGCUUGACACUUGUAGACACAAAAGUAAAUAACAGCUGAUUGUGGAAAACAUGUCUGCUAAUAAUUGUACAUGUGUAUAAGUCCUCCUUAAGUCGACAAUACACAGAAAUACAGAAACAUUAAUGUAAUUAGUAUUUUAUUUCAGUUGACAAUGCUCAUUGGAUAAGCAGGGAUAUACCUAAAUAAUCUAGAAGCAUAAAUUGCAUCAUUGUUUGAGUCACAAAUAACAAAUCAAGAACAGUUUCCACUAAUAUACAAUUUCAAGAUUAGUGCUAUGACUUGUACAUAUUAUAAUAGUUAUUUGAUAAAAGAUAAUUUCAAAUGCUUUUUGCUACUUACAAUAUUGGCUUGACUUCUUGAUUUAACCACUGGCUACCUGGAGCCAUAUGCCUACUUGGUAAAAAUUUAAACUUUGAGGCCUGCUGUUUUGCUACAUGAAAUGUGGUGUGUCAUUUGUACUCAAUCAUAUCACUAUAAUAUCAACAUAUAUA